AUGCCAUUCUGGUGCUCCAAAGCAGCGCUGUGGGGCGUCGUGGGCGUCACCGCCGCCGCCGUCACUACCGGCUCACUAGUCGCCGCAGCCUUCGUUGUCCACUACAAGAAAGAGUCCGACACAGCAGCAGCAGUGAAGCUGAUUAGAUCUUCGGAGAUUAUCGAUGAAAAAGAUGAUAAAGAAGAAGAAGAGGUUGACGAGGAGGAAGAAAAGGACAAUCUGGAGCUGGCCUUCCGCCGCGCCUUCAUCCGCCGGAUGGCCCGCGAGGCCUGGGACGCCUACUGCCAGGCGGCCUGGGGCCAGGACGUGGUGGUGCCCGGCCGUCGGCGGGCCUUCAACUUCGCCUUCGGCCCCUGCUCAGGUCACUCGCUGGUCACGGCGAUGUCCACCCUCUGGCUGCUGGACCUCAAAUCAGAGUUCGCCCGGGCGCGACGCUGGGUGGUGGAGCGCUUCACCGGCGACUCCCUGGCCGCCAUCGGCAAGGAACAGUGGGAGCUGGCGCCCACGGUGGCCGACUACCUGGGCAGCUUCCUCGCCGUGUACGCCCUCACCGGCGACCGGGUCUUCCUGGAGAAGGCCGUUUUUGUGGCUCGGGCGCUGGCGCCCGCCUACGAGACGAGUCCCACUGGGAUUCCCUACCCUUCAAUCUGCCUGAAGACGGGCGUCACGCAGAAGCGCACCUCGAGGGCCGCCGGUGACUCUUCGGAGACUUCGGUCACCUCG